AUGACUGGUUGGUUGGUGAGGCCGGAGGAAAACCGUAAGGUGACACGGGAACCCCACACGCGACGCACCAACAGAGGAUUCCUGUUUACCAUAGCACCCUCACAGCAACCCACGCUGCUGUCAACUGUCACUGUAGUGAGUGACAUAACACCCUCACAGCAAUCCACUGUGCUGUCAACUGUCACUGUAGUGAGUGACAUAACACCCUCACAGCAACCCACGCUGCUGUCAACUGUCACUGUAGUGAGUGACAUAACACCCUCACAGCAAUCCACUGUGCUGUCAACUGUCACUUUAGUGAGUGACAUAGCACCCUCACAGCAACCCACGGUGCUGUCAACUGUCACUGUAGUGAGUGACAUAGCACCCUCACAGCAACCCACGGUGCUGUCAACUGUCACUGUAGUGAGUGACAUAGCACCCUCACAGCAACCCACGGUGCUGUCAACUGUCACUGUAGUGAGUGACAUAGCACCCUCACAGCAACCCACGGUGCUGUCAACUGUCACUGUAGUGAGUGACAUAGCACCCUCACAGCAACCCACGGUGCUGUCAACUGUCACUGUAGUGAGUGACAUAGCACCCUCACAGCAACCCACGGUGCUGUCAACUGUCACUGUCAACUGUCACUGUAGUGAGUGA